AGGCACGUUGGUUCAAUCCCAGGAGCCACAAGCCAUGAGCCCACGGCAGCGCAGCAGCCCUUGUUGGGUUGCGUUGCCCUCGCAUUGAUGGCAUGCCAUGUCCAAAUUUAUCAACCUACCUGAGGACUCGCAGGAUCUGGCGAAAUUUGUCUUCGCCGCCAAGCCAGAUUGGAGCGCUGAAGAGCGCCGGGCAGUAUUUGCAAAAUUAUCCGCCAUACAGAUACGGGAUGUCGAUUCUUUGUUGCUGGCGUUAUUUGCGGAGGGUGACCAGUCCUUGAACGCAAGAUUGCGGGCAGCUGGCCAGAAGACGUUCGGCAGCCGUACGUUGCAGGCGUUGGAAGGUCAAAGCCGGCACUGGGCUGGGGAGCGGUCGGAGCUCAUUUUGCACAGCACCACCGCGGCAUGCUUCACAGCUACGCAGGCAGAGGUGAGAGAGCCUCCGCCCGGGUGGUCGGAGUCGCCCAACUGGGAGGCCGCCGCCUCCGCGGGGUGGUGGCGGGUCGUCAGCAAGCCCAGCGUCUGGGCCCACCAGCGCCCCGACGCGGACACCGCCUUCGUGGCGGUGCACUGCGCGGGGAAGCUGCUGGCGAUGAGCCAGGCUCGCUUCGACCUGCGCAUGGGCGCCCACUGGCUGAAGCUCCGCGACGAGCGUGGCUGCGAGGGGCAUGGGCAAUGGAUUAUUUCGAGCGUGGGCGCCGCGUUUCACGAGGGCAUGGCGAUUGUGUUUGACGAACUGCUCGAGCAGGUCUGCGAGCCUGGAGAGAGCCCGUCGCCGGAAGCCCAAGUUUCACAUCACCUGUCGGUGGCGGCAUUCCACGCCGCCGUGCGGGAGAAAGCCGAACCGCCGGAGAAAGUGGGGCGCUGGGAGCGGUUGAUGCGGUUGGUAGAUGCGGCCUACCACGGCGCCCUCACUGCAGGGUGCCAUACCUUUCCCUAUGCGAGGCCUCAACAUCUUCCUGCGGCGUUUGGUGGAGCCGAGCUCGAGGCAACUGGCGCGACGCUUUUGUCGCAGGGCUACCUCGUGCUGGAUGACUGCUUUGAAUCCGGCUGGGUGCAGGAUUUCGUGGCGGAGGUGAGGAACAUCGGCGAGAGCGGGGUGCUGGAGCCCGCAGAUGUCCAGCAAGCCACCAGCGGCCAGCGAGAUGACUCCGUGCUUUGGAUCGACGAGGGCAAAUAUGGGUCCCGUUGGCCUCACGUCUGCCGCGGGGUUCGGGCAUUGAAGGCGAUAGCGCACGCCCUGAACCCGGCUCUUUCGCUUCACCACCAGCGGCUCUGUGACGCCGGCGAGCCUGCGCACCAAGCGCCACCCGUCGCACCAGCGGCACCGGAGGCUGUGCUCACGGUGCCAGUCAAGGCAAUGCUGGCAUGCUACCCUGGCAACGGUGCCAGGUACAUCCCCCACACUGACAGCAAGUACAUCGAAAACAUCGGCAAGCGCAAUCCCCGAGAGCUGACCGCGAUCAUUUACGCGAAUCCUCCCGACUGGACGACUUGCCGCGACGGCGGGGCUUUGAGGAUCUACCCCGGGUCGCAGGGCCUGGAGGCUUGCCCCGAGGCGUCCAACCCUGUAGUGGUGGAGCCGAUCGGCGGCCGCCUGGUGGUGUUCUUCUCCGACCUUUGGCAUGAGGUCCUGCCGGCGCAUCGCCCGCGGAGCGCGCUGACUCUCUGGAUCUUCCGGCCGACCCAGUGCCGUCAGAUGUUGCAGGACGCCGGAGGCAUGCUGGGGCAGGCAGGCUUCAGCCUCCCGCUAGCCGUGCUCUGCGCGACGGCGGUGGCAGGGACGUUGGGGCGCCUCGCCUGGCGCAGCUGCCAAAAGCUCUGUGUGAGGCCAAAGGCCUUCCACCAGAUGAAGCUCCUGGAGCUCGGCUGGCGCGGUGCCUGUGGCAACCUUGCUGGCUUCCUCACCGUGCUGGGCACGCUUCAGUUUCUGAUGGUGCUGUGUCGGCUCUGGCCAGAGGUCAAGAUGGUCAUGAGACUCGAUGCGGUGAAGGCAGAGGUGCUGGAUGCCUUCCCCAUGGGCCUGGAGCUGAACUUGACCCAAGGCCAGCUGACCAGCAACCGGCCGCGGCCCUUCUUCGUGGAGCUGCCCGGCACUUGGCUCUUCGACUUCUGCGGCGGGGCCCUGGGCUCGUCCCUGGCGACUUUGAAUCUGGGCAGCCCGGACUUAGACUUCCUGGGGCGCCUGGCAGCUUCCUUCCUCACGGACCCUUACUUGCCGCUGCGAGUCAUGGAGUUCGACAACGGGGAGCGCGUGCAGGUGCAGGUCAACGGAGACCUUUUGGCCUGCGGCGCCGCGGUCUCCUGGCGCCCGCUGCACAUCAUGGGCCGCUGGGUGCCCGCGGUGGUCCGCGGAUCCCAGGCCUCCUCCAUCCUGUCAGAGUACAGGUACUCCGUGCAGGUAGAGGACGAAGAGGAGGUGGAGGAAGCGCACGCUGAGGACCUGCCGCCCUGCAACGGCACGGGUCUCAAAAGCUGCCUGUGCCCCAUGCUGCCCACCGCCCUGCGGCGCACGCCGCGCCUGCUCUUGGACUUGGACCCGGAGAAGGAGCAGAUGGACACGGAGGAGCUGCAGAGGUCGCGGGCGACGCUGGUCUUCGCUGCCCAGCGGUUUGCGAACCUGGAAGGCUUUUCCUUCGAGUACGGCCAGUACUGGAGAUAUCGGAAGAUCAAAAGCAGCCAGAUGUGGCGCAGGUAUGUGAUGUCGGAGCUGGAUGGGUACGAGCCGCUGCGGUGCAUGAAAGGCCUGUACUGCCGCGGCAACGAGUCCCGUUUGAGCUGCAGCCGCGAAACCGCCCUCGCGAACUUCGAGGCCGCCCAAGACGAGUGGCCACGGUUGUUUGCGGCGGCUCGAUGGAACCUGCUUGCUCCACUGCUCCUCUUCGUGGUGUGGCUCGCGUGCGUGCUUGCGAGCAUCAUCCUGCGCAUCGCCAUUCUGGUCGCCUACCUUCCAUUUACGUACAUGCUCUACGGCUUGCUGAGGCACGUGGAUACCCCCAAGCUCUCCCUCUCCCAGAGCCUGGCGGUGGUGGUGCACAUCUCGAUGCCGUCCAUGUUCCUCCAGUGCCUGCUGGAGAUUGUGUGGCAAAGCUGGGGUGAGGGAGAGCAUUUGCACCAAAGGGUGCAGAGUAUUCUGCGGCCGCUGGUGCAGAGGAGCUCCACCUUGUUGGACCUGGCGCUGCUCUGGGGGGGCGCGGUGGUGAUCCGGCUGCGCUCGCUGGCGGCGCGGGAGAGGUUUGCCGCCAGAACGCGGGAGCGGGCGUGGCCCGAGGAGGACGCAGACGCUCAGUCCAUGUGCCGCAUUUGUUUUGCAGGCACUGAGGCUGGACGACUGAUCUCCCCCUGCUUGUGUUCCGGGUCUAUGCGAUUUGUACAUAGGGACUGCCUCAACACGUGGCGGGCAUCAAGCUUGAAUCCUCAGUCCUCGAGUCAAUGUGAUCAGUGCCACUUCGACUACCCUGUGCAGAGGGCGAUGUAUGCCAGCAUCCUGCGUUCAUCGCUGGUGCUGCAUGUGGUCACUCUGCUGGUGAUGACCGGUGUUGUGCUGAUCUGCGGCUGGGCGUGCUACUACAUCGACUGGUUCCACAACGGAGACAGGGACCCACAGUUCCUGCGGGAAGCGGUGGUGGAGCAGCUCGUGGCGAACAUCAGCGGGCUGCCCACGGAGAGUCGGGAGGAAAUCGUGGAGUUUGCGAAGACAAUCAACGACCUGCAGUUUGGCGGCGUCCAGACGGUGCACCUGCUGCAGGGCCUGAUGCUCAUCGGCUUUAGCGGCUGCAACUUCUUGGGCUUCUUCAUCUCCCGGCAGCUUGGCAUGUCUCGGACUGUGGGGUGA